UCACAUGCAGAUUAAAACAGCUUCAGUGUAGCGUUUUCACUUUCGUUUCUGCAUAUUCCAAUUCGUGAAUCAUGAAGAUGGAAGCUUCAGUUUCUGCAGUGGAGAAAAUAAUCGGUUACACUUUUCAAACCAAGAAGCUUCUAGAACAAGCCCUAACCCAUACGUCAUAUCCAGAAUCAGUUUCAUACGAACGUCUCGAGUUCGUCGGCGACGCCGUUCUAGGUCUCGCGAUCAGCAACCACCUCUUCCUCGCUUACUCCUCCGUUGAUCCUGGUACACUCUCCCUCCUCCGUGCCGCUAAUGUUAGCACCGAGAAACUCGCUCGCGCUGCCGUGCGUAACGGUCUACACCGUUAUGUCCGUCACAACACGCUUUCUAUUGUUGAUAUUAUUAACGAGUUUGUUGAAGCGGUUGAGGGCGAGGAUGAUUGUGUUGUUGUUAAGUAUGGUGGAUCGGUUAAAGCUCCAAAGAUUCUUGCUGAUAUUGUUGAGUCGGUUGCUGCUGCUGUUUAUGUUGACGUUGAUUUCGAUCUUAAGAAAUUAUGGGUGAUAAUAAGAGGUCUUUUGGAGCCGAUAGUGACGCUGGAUGAUCUGGAACAUAAACCGCAACCUGUGACGAUGCUUUUCGAGAUCUGCCAAAAAAAUGGGAAAACAGUUGACAUACAACAGCACCGGAGUGAUGGCAAAAGCACUGCCAGUGUCUAUGUAGACGGGGAGCUGGUUGCAUCCGCUUCCUCGGAUCAAAAGGACGUUGCUAGGCUUGAUGCUGCCAAGGCUGCUUUGCAUAAACUAGAAGGCUUACUGCCUGCCCCUACCAUGAUGCCUGACUGUUGUGUGGACAUUGAUGGCAGCUUUGAAAUUGAAGCUGCCAAGCAGAAAUUGUAUGCAAUUUGUGGGAUGAAAAAGUGGCCCAAACCAGUAUACAGCAUUGAAAAAGAUGAAGGUACUCCUCAAGAUAAGAAAUUUAUCAGUGCUGUUCAGAUAGCUACUCCAGCCGCUAGGCUCCAAAUGUCUGGAGAAGAAAAAUCUCGAGUGAAGGAUGCUGAGAACUCUGCAGCUUCCUUGAUGAUCCGGGCCUUACAACAACACAAGUAUGUGUGACAUGGCCUCCCGAAGUUCUAGUUUUAAGGCUAUGUUAGGAUCUAAUUUGUGAGAAAUGGAUAGUGUAGUUGUAGUUGUAGUCUUUGUUUAGUAAAAUUUGAUUUUGAAUGAUUUUGAUUUUAUAAAAUUGAUUUUAUUUGUAAGAGAUGAAUAUAAAAUUGUUUGUGUCUGGAUAUCCACAUUCACUUGGUGAGUUAAACAAUAAAGUUGUGGAAAAACCACUUUUAGACUUAAAAGUUUUAAGAGAGAUUAAUCAAAAACACUUAAAUUCAGUUUUUAACAUUCAUAACAAAUUCCGACUAUUUUAACUGUGAAUUUUAAGUAAUGUUAUGGUAAAAACUUUAAUUGCCCAAAAGACAGAAUUUGAUGUCUUUAUGGU